AUGGUGCACACCGCGAACCUUUGUUGGGCUCACCGCUCUCGAGCUGGAUGCCGAGUCACCCCAACGGUGAUGGGAUGGGAUGUGCCGGACACCCUCAAUAGCAGAAAACAAGGCAUGAUUCAUCAGCGGCAGAACGGGCGCUGGCUUGCAAUUUCUGCGUUGCCACGCGUGACCGUCAAUUGCAACCAGCCUUCAUGGCUAAUGCGACGUGACGAGCUGAGCACGUUGAAGAAGGGCUGCAAGGGCUGCAAGGGCCGCAGGGGAUGCGCAGAAAAGGCGGGGGUGGCAGCUUGGAAAGCUGGAAAGGUCCAAAGUCCCGGGUGGGAAAGGGAAAUGGAAGGGGAAGCAGCGUGGAAAGGUUACAUUGGCAAGGGCAAGGGAGCAAGGAGGCUAAACCCGACUGAGACUUACAAGCAGGCAGCGCCAAGGAUCACCAGAUUCCCGAAAACCAUUGUGCAGCGGCAAAUACCGCAGGGUCUACUGUGCAAGGGUGGAAGGUUGCGAAAACAUCGGAUGAGAGCAUAG